AUGUCUGAAAAGACAUUUCACAAGGCCACCAAAAUUCUCGAAAAAGCUCCCGAUGUUCCGUCGAUUGUGGAAGCUGUACAAUUUCAUGGGAUUCGAAUCACCAAAAAUGAUGCGCUUUUGAAAGAGGUUGGAAUUUUUGGGUGGGAAUGGCUGAAAAUAAAGAAAAAUCUAAUUUGACGCUGAAAUUCCAUGUGUUUUUGGAAUUUUCCAGCCAAAAAUUGCUUGAAAAAUGAUGUUGAUUCAAUUUUUCGAACGAAAAAAUUUACUGUUUCAAAAAUUUUAUAUGAAAAUUGAAGUGAAUUUUAUUGAAUUUUUGAGCCAUAUGGUUUUCCACUAGAAAAUUCCGAAACACUCCCAAAUUUUUGCUUGAAAAUUCUGAAAAUCUACUGUUUUCACAAAAAAAAAUUCCAAAAAAUUUACUGUUUCAAAAAUUUUAUAUUAAAAUUGAAAUAUUUUUCUAAAUUGAUAGAUUGUUUGUUCUUUAUGUAUGUAGAAAAAUCUGAAAGCCUCCCAAAAUUCAGCUUGAAAAUGCUGAAAAAAAUUCCAAAAAAAUCUACUGUUUCAAAAAUUUUAUAUGAGAAUUGAAGUGAAUUUUAUGAUUUGAUUUGCGAUUUUUUCUCCAUGUAGUAAAUUCUGAAAGUCUCCCGAAAUUUUGCUUGAAAAUGCUGAAAAUCCACGUGUUUUUCCCCAAAUUUUGGAAUUUUCCAGACAAAAAAUUGCUUGAAAAAUGAUUUUUAUUUAAUUUUUUCUGACGGAAAAAAUGUACUGUUUCAAAAAUUUUAUAGUAAAAUUGAAAUAUUUUCUAAAUUGAUAUAUGGUUUGUUGUUCAUGUAGAAAAUUCUGAUGUUCUCCCAAAAUUUUGCUUGAAAAUGCUGAAAAUCCGCUGUUUUCACUAAAAACCUGAUUUUCAUUGAGAAAAAGUUCCAAAAAAAAUUACUGUUUCAAAAAUUUUAUAUGAAAAUCAAAGUGGUCUGUUAAAAAUUAGUACGCGAACUAAAAAUAAAACAAAUAAAAUUUCCGAAAUCAGAAUUUAAAUAUAUUGACUGUUUCAAAAUUUCUAUAGAAAAUUGGAAGUUUUCUGAAGAAACUUGUUAUGACUUGAAAUUAUUUUGAAGUUUAUUAGUUUUUUGAAAAAUACGGUUUUAUUUUAAACUUCAAAGCUUAUUAUUUUUGCCAAAAUUUAAAUUGUUCAAUUUAUUUUACUCAAAAAAUACUGAAAAUCUACUGUUUCGACCAAAAACUAGAUUUUCAACUGAAACUUCACUAACAAAAAGAUCCCAGAAAAUUUACGAUUUCAAAAAUUUCAUUUGAAAAUCCAAGUGUUUUUGUGAAUUGUUAGAUCUUGUGAAAAGGACAAAUCCAAUUUUUUUUUUCGAAAAAAAAAAAUAAAAUCAAAAUGGUCUGUCGAAAAUUGAUGAUCGUUUUUUAUAAUUCCGUAAAAAUUUUGAUUUUGGCCCCAAAAAAUCCGGAAAUUGAAUUCGAAAGCUCUGAAAAAAAACCAGAAUUUUACCAAGAAAAGGUGAAUUUUUUGUUGCCGAAGUUCUAAGAUUCAACAUUUAUUUUGAAGUUUAUUUCUGAAAAAAUUGAAGUUUUGUUAAUUUUCAAGAAAAUAAAUUUACUGUUUCAAAAAUUUAAUAUGAAAAAAAAUUCAGAAGCUCAGUUUUGCAUUAAAAAAAAUCUACUGUUUCGGCCAAAAACUAGAUUUUCAACUGUAAUUUCACUAACAAAAAAUUCCAGAAAAUUUACUGUUUCAAAAAUGUUAUAUGAGAAUCCAAGUGUUUUUGUAAAUUGUUAUCUUUUGAACGGGCAAAUCCAAAUUUUUUUCAAUCAAAAAUCAUUGGAAAUUCCUUUUGAAGUUGAAGGAAUAUGAAAUUUGAAAAUUUUCUGACCAAAAAAAAUUGACUGUUUCAAAAAAUGUCUGUCGUAUUGUUUACUCGAAAUAAGUGUUUAAAAAAAUCUUCCAAAAACCAGAUUUUUAUCACUAACAAAAAAAUUUCCAGAAAAUUUACUGUUUCAAAAUUUUUAUAUGAAAAUCCAGGUGUUGAACAAUGGGUUCGAAUACGUAUUUCUUACUCACUGUCAGAAAAAAUUAUUUUUACUUUGAAUCUCGAAAUAUUUUUGUUCAAUAAAAGUUCACUGUUUCAAAAAUUUUAUAUGAAAAUUUGAAGUUUCUCAAAAAUUUGUUGAGCUUAUGUAUAUUUUUGUGAAAUUUAAUGAAUUGUUUAUUUUGGAAAAUACAAUUUUUUCAUCACAAAAAUUACGAAAAAUCAUGAAAAUCUGAAAUUUUCAGCACGAAAACUCAUAAUUUUCUUAGAAAAAAAGGUUUUUGCUUGGAAUUUCGAUUUUUUCAAAAUAAAAAAUCACUGUUUCAAAAAUUUUAUAUAAAAACUGAAAAUUUUCAAAAAUUAGUGCUGCAUAUGUUUCAAAAAAAUCAUGAAAAUUCUUCAAUUUUUCCAGAUUUCCGAAUUGUACAGAAGUCGAAAUUUGGAUGAACUUGUUCAUAAUUCACAUCUCGCUUCAAGACAUUUACAGGUAAAUUAAACUACACUCUAGUCACUACAGUAAAAAAUCCAUGCAAAUUCCAGGAAGUCGGUUUGAUGGAUAAUGCAGUUGCUCUAAUCGACACCGCUCCAAACUCCAAACAAGGAUAUGUUGUCAAUUUUUUGGUCAAGGAACCCAAAUCCUUCACAGCUGGUGUGAAAGCUGGCGUUUCGACGAAUGGCGAUGCUGAUGUUAGCCUAAAUGCGGGAAAGCAGAGUAUUGGUGGACGGGGUGAAUCGGUGUCGACAACUUAUACAUAUACUGUUAAGGUACGGUGAUUUGGGAGAGGAAAAUUAAGAAAAUUAGCUCAUAUGUUCCUUUAAACUACAGUAGUCUUAUAAUUUCGUAUUUUUUGUUUAAAUAUAUCGAAGCCUCUCAUUACCUUCUGCAUGUUCCUUUAAAACUACAGUAUUUGAAGCAGAAUUUUGGAAUAGUUAUAUGUUCCUUUAAACUACAGUAGUUCUAAAAUUCUUAAUUUCUCUUCUUCUACAUGAUCCUUUAAAAUUAUUUAUGUACAGUAUUUUUUUGAUCUAGAGAGAAAAUGUAAGUUCCCCUAAUUUUUAAUCAAAAAUGUAUCAAAAAAUCGAUUUUCAAAGUCAAAAUGAAGUCAGAAAUUAGAACUUUCAACACAUUUUCACCCAAAAAUCAUCCAAAAAUUUUUUUUUCUGAAAAAAAAUCUAGAAAAUCUGAGUCUCAGAUUCUGAGAAAAAAGUUGAAAAAAAAAUUUAUGGUAGGCUUUUCCUGGCAUUUUGCUACAGUAAUCUGAAGGGUUACUGUUGAUUUUUUGGAGCUAAAACGUCCCCGCAAAAGCCUGAACCUCCAUCCAAAAAUUCCAAAUUUUUUCCACUGUUUCAACGUGUAAGCUACUGUAUGUUCAGAAAUUGUGUGCCAGGGUUGCAAAACAAGCCACGCCCACUUUUUCUACAGAAAAAUUGAUUUUUUUAAAAAAGAAUCUAGAGGAAAAAUACUGUUUCAAAAAAAAAUCAAUAUCCUAAAUUUUCUCCAGGGAGAUCACUGUUUCAACGUGUCAGCCAUCAAACCAUUCCUCGGCUGGCAAAAAUACUCGAACAUCUCCGCCUCCCUUUAUCGUUCUCUCGCCUAUCUUCCAUGGAAUCAGAGUAAUGUGGACGAGAAUGCGGCAAUUCUCGCAUAUAAUGGACAAUUGUGGAAUAGACGACUAUUGCAUUCGGUGAAAUUGAAUGCGAUUUGGCGAACACUUCGAGCCACUAAUGAUGCCGCAUUUUCUGUCAGAGAACAGGCUGGACACACGUUGAAGUUCUCGUUGGAGAAUUCGAUUGCGGCUGAUACGAGAGAUCGACCGAUUUUGGCGACAAAGGGCAUUUUGGGUGAGCAUUUUUUGAACGGGUUGCGGAAGCCGCAAGGUUCCGCGUGGCCGCUGACGCGGAAGUUUGCGGUCUACACUCGCUACGCUCGAAAAUAACCUGAGCAAUGCUCAAAAAUGUUUGAAAUCCCCCCUAUAACCUGAGCAAUGCUCAAAAAUGAUUGGAAUUCCCUCUAUAAUCUGAGCAAUGCUCAAAAAUGUUCGAAAUUCCCCCUAUAACCUGAGCAAUGCUCGAAAUUGUUUGGAAUUUUCCCUUUAACCUGAGCAAUGCUCAGAAAUUUCGGAAUUUCAUGAGUUUUAGAGAAAAUUCUGAAAAUCGCCAAUUCUACUCGAAAUUGUUGAGGAAAAUGAAAAAUCGUAGGAAGAUCAGGGAAAAUUAUUAAUUUUUCAAGCUGAAUUCAAAAAUUCAAAUUUUUUGAGCCAAUUGACAUUUUUUGCGAUUCUAAGGGCCCUGAACUUGGCUCAAAGGUACAUUUUGCGAUAAAAAUGCGAAAAUUCAUUCAAAACCAUGAUUUAUUCUUAUUUUCCCCUAUUCAAAUCGAUGGUUGGUAUUUGAUUUCCAGGAUGUCCAGCAAGAGGGAUUGGCUCAUUCGAGUAAACACCAUUGAAAUUGCCUGAAAAUUUGCUGUUUUCCAGGUUUUUCAAUUUAAAAAAACUAACCGAUAAUCAAAAUGAGAGCCAUGAAAAUUGCAGAUUUGGAUAGGAAAUUGAACAUUUUUUGUUUUGAAAAUGAUUUUCUAGGUCAUCUUUUUAAAGCGAAACUAUAUUCCCAUUCCCUGGGUUUAUUUGACUGGAAAUUUUGAAAAAUAAAUUACAUUUUGAAUUUUUGAACUGAUUUUUUGAAAGGAAACGUGGGAAAGCUGGAUUUUUGAAGCUGGAAAAUCUCACUGUUUCAAAAAUUGAGAAAUAUAGAAAAGUUUGAUUCGCAACUUGUUAUUUUGAUUCAAACAAUGAGAAAUAGUUUCAUUUCAAGGAAUCCGAAACUACAGUUACAAAUUCUGUGUUCUAGCUCUCAAGUUUGAGAAAAAUUUAAAAUUAAUACCGAAAAAAUGUACUGUUUCAAAAUUUUGUUGAAUAAAAUUGGGGAAUUUUGAAGGACGAUCCUAGCCUAGUUUUCCAUUUGAAAAACUGAUUUUCAAUCAAUUUUGAAGCUGAAAAAUUUCACUGUUUCAAACUUUUUGAUAUGAAAAAUUGCACAUUUUGGUGAUUUUUCGAAGAUUUCAAGAUACUAACAAAAUUAACUUGAAAUUAAAAUUUCAAAUUUUUUUCGGGGACUUCAGAGGGUUUCUAAAGUUAUCUGAAAUUCCCUGAUUAACUGACAUCAUUAAAAUAUUUUUUCAGCAAAAAACAAGCCUUUUGGUUAUUUUUUGAACCUUACAGUAUUUUCCUUCUCAAAAUUCUGAUAAAAAUCUAUUUCUAUUUUCAAGUUUUGAAAAAAAUUUCACUGUUUCAAAAAUUUAUGAAAACUUUUUGUGAUUUUUAUUCAAACAAUUCUGAGAAAAACUAAAUUUGAAUUUUUGAAGCUCUAAAAAAUUCACCUCACAAUUUUUCCCCUUUCAAAAAUCCCCUAUUUUCCAGCACGAGUCGCUCAAGAAUACGCUGGAAUAUUCGGCGAUGCCUCAUUCGUCAAACACACUUUGGAUCUUCAAGCCGCAGCUCCACUUCCAUUCAAAUUCAUUUUGGCCGCUUCGCUACAAGCGAAAUCGUUGAAAGGAUUGGGAGAAAGAGAGGUGAGCGUUUUCUGGGAGGAAAUUAUGGGGGUUUUGGGGACUAUUUACUGUUUAUAGACUUUUCAUAAGGUUUAUUAGAGAGCAGGAUUAAAGGAAAUUGGUUUUUAUGAAAUAUAACUAAUUUUGGUGAAACAGUGAAUUUUUUCAAAAUUUAAAUUUUACCGAUUUUUGGAAAAACAUAUUUUGUUUGGUAAAACAAUCAUUUUUAAAAUUAGGAUCGUAUUUUUUUGUUAGAAAAUUGUAAGAGAUUUUUGUGAAACAGUAAAUUUUCUGAAUAAAGAAUAUGAGUAGCAAAUUGAAGAGAAAAUAUGUCAAGAAUUAUGUUUUUCAGUUGAAACAGUGAUGUUUUGAUAGAAAAAAUUUUGCUCAAAUGGAUUAAAAAUGAUUUUUUCCCGAAAUUUAUUAAUUUUUCUGAAACAGUGAAUUUUUUAAAUUACAAAAAUGUAUAGUUUUAUCGAUUUUAAUCAAGAUGCGCAGAUCUAUCAAAAACGAGAGCAAUUGAAAAAUUCCAUCAAUUUUUCUGAAACAGUGAAUUUUUGAAAUGUAAAUCUUGAGAAGCUUGGUAGAAAAUCAUGAUUUUCUUGUUGAAACAGCAAAAAGCAAAUUUCGAUUUUUUAUUAUGGGGUGAUUCAUAAAAAUAAAUAGACAAAAAAUGUGCGAUUAAUUUCACGUUUUUUGUCAAUUAAUAGCAUUCAUUUCUGAAAAAAUGCGAUUAAUUGACAAAAAACGUGAAAUUAAUCGCACUUUUUUUGUCUAUUUAUUUUUAUGACUCAUCCCAUUAUGUUUGUUGUUUUUCUCCAAAAAAAUUGAGCUCCGAAUAUUUUUUUAAAAAUUCACUGUUUCAGUGAAAAUUUAUGAGAGUUUCAGAAAUUAUUUUUUUUUAAAUUUUAAUUAUUUUUUCUAGAAAAUCUACUGUUUCAAAAAAUUAAUAGAAUAUUUUUGAAACAAAAUUCAUAGUUCAGUUUGAUGUCUUUCUCGGAAAAAAAUUGAGCUCCAAAUAUUACAAAAAAAUUCACUGUUUCAUUCAAAAUUUAUGAAAAUUUCAGAUUUAUUGUAAUCUUCAUUUUUUACUUUGAAUAAUUUUCAAUUUUUUUCUAGAAAAUUCACUGUUUCAAAAAUUAGGUAUAAUUAUUUUGAGAAAACAAAUUUUUGAUAAAUACAAGACAUAAGACGAUGAAAUUAUUAUGAGAAUAGAGCUUUUUUCUGUGAUAAAUAAUUUUAAAUAAUUUAUCACAGAAAAAAGCUCUAUUCUCAUAAUAAUUUCAUCGUCUUGUGUCUUGUAUUUAUCAUAAAUUCAAAAAUCAGCAAAUUUCUCACUGUUUCAAAUAGAAAUCAUAGAAUUUCAUUGGAAAUUUCAACUGAUCCUCAGAUCAUAAUUGUUCCAAAAUCCAAAAUAAACUAAAAACUUAAAAUAUUUUUUCACUGUUUCACUGAAAAUUGAAGAAAACUUGUUUUGAUUAUAUAAUUUUGGUGCACAAAUGAAACUAUCUUUAAUUUUCAGUGAAAUAUUAUUGAAUCAGUUCAAAAUUCCUUGAAAAUUCAAUAAUUUUUGAUUGAAAUACCGCAUUUUUUCAGAAAUUAAUGCAAUUAAUUGACAAAAAACGUAAAAUUAAUUGCACUUUUUUUGUCUAUUUAUUUUUAUGAAUCACCCCAUUACAAAAAUUUAUAGUUUUAUCGACUUUCAUCAAGAUGCUAUCUAUCAAAAACUGGAACAAUUGAAAAAUUCAAGUUUAUUUUCUGAAACAGUAAAUUUUUGAAAUGAAUUUCAUUAUGAUUUUCUUGUUGAAAAUGUUGAAAUUUGGGUUGGACUAAAAUUUUGGUAGAACAAUUUUUUCUCGAGAAAAUUUAAAUAAUUUUUUCAUUGAAACAGUAGAUUUUUGCUUGGGCGAAAAUCUGAAUUUUUUGGAAAAAAAAAUUUCGGUUCAAAAAAUUCACUGUAUGAAAAUCAUCAAAAUCAAAAAAAAAAUUAUUAAGAAAAUUCAAAUAAUUUUUUGGUGAAACAGUGAAUUUUUUGAAAAAAAAAAUUCAAUUUUCAGGGUUAUUUGCGAACAAAUGCGAAGGUAAAAUUGCUUCAAUUUUUUUGGAAAAAUCGCUUGAAAAUAUGCCCCAAAAUCAUUAAAAUUCAGAAUUUUCAGAAAAAAUGCUUGAAAUCCUAUUUAAAAGCUAUCACCAAACUCAUAAGAUCCCAUAAAAUUGACUAGAAAAUUUUUGAAAUUUCAAAAAUGCUCUAAAUUAUGGCUCCCACGACUAAUUUUGUCCCAAAAUUCUACCCAAAGUUAAAAAAAGGUUCCUAAAACCCCCUUUCCCUUCUAAAAAUCCACAAAUUUUCUUCCAAAACUCAGUCCAUUUUUUUUCAUUUUCCAGGUUCACAUAUUAGAUCGCUGUUAUUUGGGUGGUCAACAAGAUCUACGUGGCUUUGGUCUCAAUACAAUCGGCGUGAAAGCGGAUCAAAGUUGUUUGGGAGGUGGUGCUGCGCUGGCCGGUGUUGUUCAUUUAUAUCGACCACUCUUCCCACCUCAAAUGCUCUAUGCUCAUGCAUUUUUGGCGACUGGAAGUGUCGCCUCGAUUCAUGCCAAAAAUCCUAUUCAACAAUUGCAAGAUACACAGAGGGUUUCGGCUGGAGUUGGUGGGUUUUUUGGGGGAUUAUUCAUGAAAUUUGAGAAAUAUCUUUGAGCCUGACGAUUUGAAAAAGCGCGAAAUCUGUUGUUUUUCCAGUAGUAGUUAGUGAAAUCACUGAAAUGUAUAUACUUUUUAUUGAGAAAAUUUUGAAACAGUGGAAAUUUUAAAAAAUCAAAUAUCUUAGAAAUGCAUUUUUCAAAAGAAUAAUUUGAAAUAGUGAAUUUUUGAAAAGUGUAUUCUCAUUUAUUUUUCGAAUAAAGAGAACAUUUUGAAAAAGUGGAAUUUUUUCAAACCUUUUUGAAUUUUUUUUUGAAUUGAAAGUCCUAAAGACAUCAAUUUAUUUUCACAACAGUUUUUAAAAGAAAUAAUUUGAAACAGUGGUUUUUUUGGAAUAAUUUUGAAUGCGAUAAUUUUUGACUGAUUUUGAGAAAAUUUUAAAACAGUAAUUUUUCUGGAAGUAUUUUCCUUUUUGCAAGGCACAGUUUUUUCCAGCGCUUCAGGCGAGAAACACCGAGUUUGGUAUCAAAAUAAUUUUUUUAAACCGUGCCGAAUUUUACCGCGAAAACCUCAAAUUUUCAAAUGCAAAAAAUUUUUUUUCGAAAGUAUUGUUUGGAAAAUAUAAAAAUUCGGGAAUCAUUUUUUUUUGAAAUUCUAUUUUCGGAAGAAUAAUUUGAAACAGUGAAUUUUUGCAAAAAAAAAUUUUUUUGAAAUAAUUUCAUGAGAGAUCAUUUUUUCAUUUUCCAACUGAAUUUUGAGAGAAUUUUGAAACAGUAAUUUUUUUAUGGAACAUUUUAACAUUUUUUGCUUCUUCUUUUUCUGCAAGGCUCGCACGGUUUCUCUGAUCAUUUUGAUAUUAAACUAGAAUUUUUGCAAAAUAUUUUUUCGGCCUACUUUUUUAUCGAAGAAUCAUUUUUUCAAAUUACCAACUAAAUUUUGAGAAAAUUUUGAAACAGUAAUUAUUUUAUGGAUUAUUUUUUGGAAGUUUUUUUCAAUGAAGUGAAAUCAAUUUAUUUUUAAAAUGCUUUUUUCAAAAGAAUAACUUGAAACAGUGAAUUUUUGCGAAAAUAAAAAUAUGUCAAGAGAUCAAUUUCUCAGUUUCCAAUUGAAUUUGGGAAAAUUUUGAAACAGUAGAAUUUUUUCAAUUUUUUGGAAAUUUUUUUUUUGAAUGUGCCAUUUGAAGUUAAAUCAAUUUGUUUUCAAAACAGUUUUCUGAAAAAAAUCACUUGAAACAGUGAAUUUUUUUUAAAUUGAAAUUAUUCUGUUGGAAUCAUUUUUUUUCAAUUUUCAACUGAAUUUUGAGAUAAUUUUGAAACAGUAACUUUUUUAUGGAUAAUUUUUUUGGAACUUUUUUUCGAAAUGAUAAAGCUUGAAAUAUCAAUUUAUUUUCGAAAAAAAAUUUCAAAAGAAUAACUUGAAACUGUGAAUUUUUGGAGAAUUCGAAAUAUGUUUUGAAAUAAUGUAUACCGUUUUUCAAAAGAAUACAUAAGAGUUAUUAUUUUUUUUAUUUCCAAUUGAAUUUUGAGAAAAUUUUGAAACAGUAGAAUUUUUUUUAAUUUUUUGGAAAUUUUUUUUUUAAUUUGUCAUUUGAAGUUAAAUCAAUUUAAUUUUGAAAACAGUUUUCUAAAAAAAAUUACUUGAAACAGUGAAAUUUUUUUUAAAUUGGAAUUAUUCUGUUGGAAUCUUUUCAAUUUUCAACUGAAUUUUGAGAGAAUUUUGAAACAGUAUUUUUUUAUGGAAAUUUUUUCCUUUUUGCAAGUCAAGUUUGCUAUCAAAAUGAUCAGAAAAACCAUGCGAGGCUUGCAGAAAAAUUGGCGUGGCCUAAUUUUCAAAAAAUCUAAUUUGCAGGUCUAACAUUUGUGUUCAAAAACAUUUUCCGCCUCGAACUCAACUACACACAUCCCCUCAAAUAUGUGUUUGGCGACUCGAUUCAUCGCGGUUUUCACAUUGGAGCCGGUGUUCAUUUCAUGUGA